AGCCAUGGGUUCGGUCAGGGCAAAGUGAGGAGACAUCAGCUGCAGAGACCACUGGUGCAGAAAGAUCAGCUAAGGGGAGCAAUGCCUUGAUACUUCCAAAUCAAAUGAAGGAUGGGGAAAAUAAAGCUCUAGGAGUUGGAUACCUCGUGGAGGAGGACAAGCUUUAUUUAAUGACCUCAAUUAACUUUUCAAAAAGGAAAAAGAAGAUGAGGUUAGGUCGGGAUCUCCAUGAAGGUGAGGUGAGAGAAAACACUCCUAAUCCCCUGACAAGAAGGGAAUUAUUAAGUCAAGUGGCUGGACUUUAUGACCCAAUCGGCCUUGUCACACCAGCCAAACAAAAAGGUGCUGUUCUGGUGAGAAAGGCUUUCCAGGAGGUGGGAUCACGAAAUCUGACACGUGACACAUGGGAUAAUCCACUUUCAGAGGGCCUUAGAGAGGAUGCAGUGAAACUGUUUGUGGAAUAUGUGCAACUUGGCCAGAUUACAUUUCAGAGGAGUCUUACACCAGCUGGUUGGAAAGGAAAGCCAUGGGGAGUCACAUUCUCAGAUGGGAGCGAAAGUGCUUACGGGGCUGUGGCAUACCUAAGGUGGCAAACUGACCAAGGAAUUGAGGUCAGACUGAUUGAAUCCAAAGCCAAACUGACACCACUGAAUCAGAAGGGGGAGGCUGUUAAAGCGGAGAUCUGCGGUGCAGUCUUUGCAACUCGACUUCGGAAGUAUAUUGAAAGGCACAGCCGAAUGGAAGUAGAACGCUGGCUCCACCUAGUGGACAGUCGGACAGUGCUGGGAGCAAUUCAACGGGACAGCUACGGAUACCAAACCUUCUUUGCCAAUAGGAUUGGGGAAAUUCAAAAGGACAGCUCAAUCAGUGAUUGGUGGUGGAUUCCAGGAGACUUCAAUAUCGCUGACAUCAUCACCAGAGGAAGUUCUCCUGAAGACCUAAAUGAACAUUCUGUAUGGCAAAGGGGACCAGAGUUCCUGAGAAGGCCUGAAGAAGAAUGGCCAAAAAAGUCAGCAAAAGAGGUUGCGGUUGAUGCCAGAGAGGAUAUCAGCAAGCUUCAGAGAAAAUCAUUCUCUGCUGCAAUAACAAGAAGUCAAGCUAAUAAACCACCAGAAAACAUUGCAAGACAGGGAAAUAGUUUGGAAGAGUACAACCAAAGCUCAAGCACUGAGAGAACAGUUAGAGGAAGAGCACCAGCUCCCUCGAUGGUCAAGACACUUAUAGACGUUACAAGGUUCAGUAACUUGCAUAGAUUGGUCUCUACUGUUGCCUGGGUUUGGCAAGCUGCCAAGAAAUGGCUAAAGUUAAAAAAUCAAUCCGGUGAAAAGGCAAAGUGGGAGGUUACUCUUCAAAAGAAGGCGACUAAAAACUUGACAAAAGAACUAGUGCUGAACGUGAGGGAGCGUGAAGAUGCUUUCCGGGAUCUGGUUCUGUCUGCUCAAGAAAAUGCAACAUUUUCUGUCACUACCCUUAACAGGUUGGUGGUGUACAGAGAAGAGAGCUCUGGACUGCUACUGUGUGGAGGCAGAGUCCAAAACUUCAGUGAAGACAGAACAGCUGUACCAGUUCUACCACAUAAUGCAUGGAUAUCCACAUUACUGUGUUUGGAAUCUCAUAAAACAAACCAUGAAGGAGUAGCAGGAACUCUCCUCAAAAUGAGAAAGAAGGCUUGGGUGAUAAAAGGCAGAAGACUUGCAAAGAGAAUCGUAGAUAGCUGUAUUAUCUGCAGAAAAGCCAGGGCCAGGAAGUGUCGGCAGAUCAUGGGUGACCUUCCACCUGAAAGAUCAACACCAUCCACCCCGUUUGAGUUCACCACUUUAGAUCUCUUUGGCCCUUAUGAGGUGAGGGAUGAGGUGAAAAAGAGAGUAAAGCUCAAAGUGUGGGGAAUCGUCUGGUGUUGCAUGGCAUCACGAGCCAUACAUGCUGAUGUUGUCAGUGACCAGUCUUCUGAAGGUUUUCUGUUAGCCUACAAGAGAUUUACAGCUUUGAGAGGGCACCCAAGAAAGCUUUGGUCAGAUCCAGGGACAAAUUUCACGGGAGCAAAGCCUGCACUUGGAGAGCUUUAUUGCUACCUUGAUCAGUUGAAUAAAACUGAACUGGAGAGAGAGGCUGCUAAAAAUGGAACAGAAUGGCACUGGCACAUCCAUCCUGCAGAUUCUCCUCAUAGAAACGGAGCUGCUGAAGCAGCUGUGCAGAUAAUAAAGCGAGCUCUGCAAAACCUAGGAGGAGAUGGUAGUUUGACAUGGGGAGAAUUCCAGACUUUCCUCUACAUGGCAGCCAACUUGGCCAACGAAAGACCUAUUGAUGCCAGGAUACAAAGUAGAGAAGACUCUGUUGAGUACAUCAGCCCCAACUCACUACUGCUGGGACGAACCGGACCCAGAGGAGACCCAGGUGACUUUAGUUUUCAAGGGUACCCUUACAAAAGGCUAAAGGCUAUUCAAGAGGAAGUGAACAGGUUCUGGAAGAAAUGGUGCCAAUUAGCUGGGCCGAACUUGUUUGUGAGGAACAAGUGGCAUACAAAAGAGCGAAAUGUGGCUGUUGGAGAUUUGGUCUGGCUUGCUGACCAGAAUGCUUUAAGGGGCCAGUACAAGUUAGCCAGGGUAGUCAGUGUAAAUGCUGACAGUAAAGGCAUUGUGAGAGAUGUCAAGGUUAGAACAGUCCCAAGCUACCCAGUCUCAAUGGCAAAACCAGCUAAGAAGGGAUUCGCCAAUAAAGGUGACAAGGCUACCAGACAACCCUCGACCAAGAUCCCUGCCACAAUCCUUCAUAGGGAUGUUAGGCGUCUGAUUGUUCUACUUGCUGCAGAGGAGCAGGAGAUGGGCAUGUUGGAAUCAGCAUGUCUAAUGAAUGAAUAACCGCCCUGAAGCAUCACCACCAUACAAGCGGACUGUGACUUUACCAGAGAAAGGCAACCAUAGUGAGGUGACCUCCUUGGGUUGACACCAGGAGCUCAAGUGGGAGGUGUCAAGUCAAAAUGUAAAUAAAUAAAUAAAUAAUGGAAAAAGAGAGAGGGCGGAGCUAAGUGUGAGUGAAAGUGAAACUUAGCAGUGUACCGAGAGCCAGUGUCUGUAACUAAAUAUGUUCUGUUUAGUUAAAAAUUAAGUUGAUGUUCGGCAAAUGGGAUGCCUUCUUUUAAACAUGUGACUGAAACGCGCUGCUGCUCGCGCUGCGGACUCGCGGUGCUCUCGCGAGGGAUCGCGCUGAAAUCGCGCUAAAAUCGCGCUGGACAGAAAAAAAGGCGAGCAGGCUGAGUUUUCCCCGCGGUGAAAAACGGGUCCGUCUAAGACGUGCACCAGAGGCAAACGACUCUUAACCUCCAUUCUGAGGUAGUUUAAGACACCAGUGCAGGAUUGGAGAAGGAGACUGUUGCACAGGCGUCCACACGGAGGAGAGAGGAGAAGCUGAGUUGUGCAGAGAGGUGUUUCAGCUCGUGUUUGACUGCAGAGAGGCACUGGUUAUCAACCUGUUAACUAAAUCCUGGAAAUAAUAAAAAUCCCUAAGAGGAGGCAAAGUUUCAUCUGUUGUGGGGAAAUUUACUAAAAUAUCCAGAGUUUGGGAGUGGAUACAAGCGCCCUAAUUGUAGUCACAACACAGGCUUUUUCAAGUUAAGCCAAGAACUGAAACGAACCUGAGAUAACUUG